CGGGAUCGGGGGCGCCGGGCCCUGACCCGGGGGGGAAGGGGGGAAACCGGGGAGCGACGGGACCGAAAACGCCGGGAAACCAGCCCGACUUCCUUACCCACGUCAGAUUAUUCUCCCUUCCUUCCGGCAAGAGAUCUCCCUCCUGAACAGUGCGAUGUGGUGAUUGUUGGCGGUGGGAUAAUAGGCUGGUCCAUUGCCUACUGGCUGAAGGCAAAAGAAUCACGCAGAAAUGCCAUUCAAGUAUUGGUCAUUGAGAGAGACAAUACAUAUUCCAAAGCAUCCACCGUUCUUUCUGUCGGAGGGAUACGGCAACAAUUUUCAGUGGAAGAAAAUAUCUGGAUGAGCUCUUUCUCAGCAAACUUCUUGCGUUUAAUCAAUGAUCAUCUUGGUGUUGUUGGGGAACCACCCAUAGAUAUUCAAUUUAAUCACUCAGGUUACCUGUUUCUGGCUUCAGAGAACGAAGCUGCUGUUUUGGAGGAGAAUGUAAACAUUCAAAGAAAGGAAGGAGUAGCUGUCUCUCUCUUCUCACCGGCACAAUUGAAAAAGAAAUUUCCGUGGAUGAACACUGAUGGCGUAGCUCUGGCUUCUUACGGCUUGGAAAAUGAGGGCUGGUUUGAUCCAUGGACUCUUCUCAAUGCUUUCAAGAGGAAAGCCAUCUCUAUGGGCACGGUCCAGUAUAAUGGAGAAGUGACAUGUAAGCAUUUUUCUUUCAACUUGAGUUUUUAUGAAACGAAGAAUAACGAUCAGUCUCUUAAAGCCUCGCGUAUUAGAUCUGUUAAUGUCCAGUUGCCCGAAAGUAUUGAACGUGCCAAGAUAGAGUGUGCUAUGGUGGUAAAUGCGGCAGGAGCCUGGUCAGGCCGAGUGGCCGAGAUGGCUGGCAUUGGGGCUCAGUCCGAAAACAUCCUCUUGGGGGUCAGGUUACCAGUAGAACCAAAGAAAAGGUAUGUCUAUGUCUGGCACUGCCCUGAGGGACCCGGCUUGGAGUGCCCGUUGCUCAUUGACACCACCGGAGCGUAUUUCCGAAGAGAAGGUUUGGGUGGCAACUAUCUUGGAGGCUUAAGCCCAACAGAAAAAGAAGAGCCAGAUACUGAAAAUUUGGAAGUAGACCAUGAGUUUUUCCAGGAAAAGGUCUGGCCUAAGCUCGCCCACCGAGUGCCAUGCUUUGAAUCUCUGAAGGUAAAAGGUUCCUGGGCCGGUUACUAUGACUACAAUACGUUUGAUCAGAAUCCUGUGAUUGGCAGGCACCCAGAAGUGUCAAACAUCUUCUUUGCUUCGGGUUUCAGUGGACAUGGGCUACAGCACGCUCCAGCAGUGGGACAAGCCAUAGCUGAGCUCAUUCUGGACUUCAAAUAUAAGUCCAUAAACCUUGAGAGAUUCUCCUUCGAUAGGCUAAUCAGAGACGAGAAGCUUCUUGAGAGAAACAUAGUCUAA